AUGUGGCAUAAAAACGAUGAACUCUAUCGGCCGCAGCCAUGUUGGUCGAACCAUCAUUGUACACGAAUUCAACACCAUUACGAAAAUAAUGGAAUCGAAACGCUGCAUACAUCAGGAAAUAGUUUUAUCGAUAUCGACCAUCAUCAAGAUCACAUAUAUUAUCCAUUUUCUUAUAUUAUGAUCGACGAUAACGUUCAAGAACAAGAUCAUCAUCAUCAUCAUCAUUAUACAUUUCCUCAAAUCUUGAUGAACCGUCCAUUACCACCACCAACACCAGAACCAUCAACUCUAACACCUUUAAUGUUAUCUUCACCACCUAUUCCAGACUCUUAUAAUGUUCACCAACCAUUUACCCCUAUGAUGCAACAAUCUCGACAACCAUCACUUCUACCACUAGCACCAGAAUCAUCACUUGCAGUUGGCUGCAGUACCAUUCAGCAACGAUACCAGCAACGUAUAAAUUAUUACGAUUACAGUGAAAGAAGCUCCGAGGAAGCGGCUACCAAAAUGAUAAAAAAUGAUUCACCUUCAACAUGUUUAAGUCGACUACAUCUAGGAGAAAGAACUAUUGACAACAGUAUGAAGUCAACUGUCAUUUUUAAUAAAAACACGUAUCAACAGCAAACAUCAAAUAAUAUCAAUAAAUUGUCAGAGCAAGCAAACGAAAUCAAAACACAGUUUGAAAUCACACUGGACGAAGAUAAAGUAGUAGACGUGUGCAAACGAACUAUAUUGGCUGCUUUCAAUAAAGUCAUAAUUAACAAUUUUGAAUCUGCUUUGUUCAAAUUACGUAAGACUAUACGAAUAUUGGACGUAUUGAUGUUUGACGAAGGCGGCAGCAAAAUCAGGGCCAAAAUCGAUACUGUCGGGCCAUGGUUGGAAACAUUGAAAGAUAUGGAACGAAAAAUCAAACAAAAUCAACAGAACUUACACAAUAAUGGCAGUCACGAUCCCGAUAAUAGUGAAAAAACAAGAUCAGAAGACGGCUAUAACAAUCAACUAAGACAACUAACCAAUAAUAGGAGCAGUAGAAAUAAUAGCAUUAAUAAUGAAAACAGAGGUCUUUUAAAUCAAUUUUGGUGGAAAUCAAACUUAAGACGUUAUCGAACUACUGGAAAGAUUAUUGUAGAACAACAUAGAUGUAAAUGUUAUACAAACCGUCGUCGAUACAGAAGAAACAAUCCAUAUUUAUAA